AUGAUUGACCGGUUUUUAUGUGGUGCUGUCAACAGUCUCGCCAUCGCAUUACUUCUCUGGAUAGAGGGUGUCCUCGCUGGAGGCUUCACUUUUCCAACAGAAGCACAACAUCGGUUUAUCGUUGGGGAUCAGAUCAACGUAACCUGGGAUGUUGUCACGCCGCGGAUAUCCUUAUACGAAGCCUGCGGUAUACAACGGUGGAUUCUUGCCUUGAACGUUGUGAAUAACCACAGCUAUGUCUGGACCGCGAAUCGAGAUGUCUAUAGGGAGUCCGGCUGCAACUUCGAGCUGGAGUCUUUGAGUUCUCAGGGUGAGCCUGAUGGCCAAGCCAAUGUAACAAGCAUUAUCUUUGGGGUUGCAAAGAGGUACCACGAUGAUCCGUCGCCGACCUCCUACCACUUUGCCAGUACCCCGGCCACACCUUCAACUGGCAUUUCAACCACGGCGACAGCCUCGACCGAGGGGACAGGUGUAGUUACAGCCACGGACGUGCCUGCUGGGACCCCAUCUCCUGAAUCGAGCAAUGGCGGGCUUUCCUCGGCCGAAAAAAUCGAUAUUUUCGACGGAAAAGAUUACGAGGACCUCACCGGAAGCUACCGAGUCGACACGAUUAUCUCAGAGCUGUCAUCGGAGAACUACAGGACGCGAGAUGAAAGGCAGACCAAUGAGAUU